UUCCUCCCCAUGUCGUGAAACUUGUUCACUGUCAAUUAUGUUGACAGCAAUAUCAGCCAACUUCAUAGUUCAUCCAUAAUCGCCGUCGUCUUCAAUCGAAGAGCUAUGGAGACCGCAUGUUCCCCUUAUUUCUGUUGCAUUUUAAUGACAACAGCCCUUCUGUUUGUAUCGAGAUUAUGCGCACCCGUGGAUACCAUAACCUCGUCUAGUCCAAUGAACGGCAACCAAACUCUGAUUUCAGAUGGAGGGACAUUUGAGCUAGGAUUCUUCAGCCCCAGGAAUUCCGGCCCGGUGUACUUGGGGAUUUGGUUCCAUAACAUCCCAACUAGAACUGUCGUGUGGGUGGCUAACAGGGACAGUCCCGUCAACGACUCGUCGUCUGUGGCUCUGAAGAUCGGAAAUGAUGGAGAUCUUGUCCUGGUAGAUGGAACAGAAAGGAUCAUCUGGUCCUCCGGUAUCGCAAACAUUACCUCGAAAGACACAGUCGUGCCACUGUUAGACUCUGGGAAUCUUGUCCUCGGAGACCAAGGCAGUAUUAGCAGCUCGGAUGAUUACCUGUGGCAGAGCUUUGAUCACCCAACCAAUACUUUACUAGCAGGAAUGAAGCUAGGAUGGGACUUGAGAGUCAGUUUGGACCGGUAUUUGACCUCGUGGAAGAGAGAGGAUGACCCUUCCUUGGGUGACUUCACUUACGGGUUCGAGCUCGAGGGCUUGCCACAAAAGUUCCUCCGCAAGUACAAUUCAAAGGUGAUCCAGCGGAGCGGUCCAUGGGAAGGGACCCGCUUCAGCGGCCUGGGCAUGUCCUCCCUGUCAACCAUCAGACCAAGCUUUGUGCAAACACCCGAUGAGGUCUACUACACGUACAACGUCUCGAACAAGUCCACCAUAACAAGAACAGUGCUGAGCCACACCGGAUCACUUCAGCGCUGCCUGUGGAGCGACCAGAAUCUGGAGUGGAGCGUCACGUAUUCUAUACCCAAUGAUGCGUGCGAUGAGUAUGGGAAAUGUGGGCCCAAUGCAAUUUGCACCAUAAACAGCCCUCGGAUAUGUUCUUGCUUAACUGGAUAUAUCCCCAAAUCUCCACUAGACUGGAGUGCGCUUGGUUGGUCAGAGGGAUGCGUGAAGAAGAACCCAUCGAGUUGUCCUGGGAAGGAAGGUUUUCGAAAGCUCAAGGGUGUUAAGGUGCCCGAUAUGUUGCAGUUUUGGAUAAAUACGAGCAUGAGCCUCAAGGAGUGCCGAGACAAGUGCCUUAGCAACUGUUCUUGCUCGGCCUACUCUGUUACGGAUAUUGAGGGAAGAGGAAGCGGGUGUCUGAUCUGGUACGGAGAUCUUAUCGAUAUGAGGCAGCUUAAUGAGUUCUCAAGCAAUCAGAAUGUCUUCAUUCGGGUAACAGCGUCAGAUCUUGCAAAUUCAAAUAGGAAAAGGUGGAUAGUGGGAGCUGCUGUUUCUGCAUCCAUUUUUUUAGCUUUGAUCCUGGCUCUCUUUGUUUGGGUAAAGUCGAGGAAAGUACGAGGGCGACAUGUAGAUGUUCACUCAGGAGAUGAUAUAGAACUGCCGAUGCUGAACUUUGUGGCUAUAGCAAAAGCAACCGACAACUUUUCAUACUUAAACAAGAUCGGAGAGGGUGGUUUCGGGCCUGUUUACAGGGGUCAAUUGCCGAAUGGGAAAGAAAUAGCUGUCAAGAGACUGUCGGAGAAUUCCCGCCAAGGUUCUGACGAGUUCAAGAAUGAGGCUCUGUUUAUCGCGAGACUUCAGCAUCGGAACCUUGUUAAGCUUUUAGGAUGCUGCAUAGAUGGAGAGGAGAGGAUGCUGAUCUACGAGUAUAUGCCAAAUGGUAAUGUUACAGCAGCUAACUCUCUUGUGUGGAGAAGGAGAUUUGAUAUCAUCGUCGGAGUUGCCCGUGGGCUUCUCUAUCUACAUCGAGAUUCGAGACUGAGAAUUAUUCAUCGGGAUCUCAAAGCUAGCAAUGUCUUACUUGACAGCGAGAUGAACCCAAAAAUAUCGGAUUUUGGCAUGGCUAGGGCUGUCGGAGGCGAUCAAAUGUUAGAGAAGACAAUGAGAGUGGUUGGGACUUACGGGUACAUGUCACCGGAAAAUGCAAUAGACGGGAUAUUUUCAACGAAAUCAGAUGUUUUCAGCUUCGGAGUACUGGUGCUGGAAAUCAUAAGCGGGAGAAAGAAUAGAGCGUUUCGUCACCCCGAUCACAACUUCAACCUUCUUGGACACCCUUGGAAACUGUGGCUUGAAGGCAAAGCGUUUGAGCUAAUCGAUGAGAAGAUGGAGGACUCAUUCGCAGUGUCGGAAGUGAUGAGAUGCAUCCAGAUUGGGCUUCUGUGCGUUCAGAGACACCCUGAGGACAGACCGUCAAUGGCAUCAGUGAUUUUGAUGCUGGACAGUCAGAGUGCAAUGCUGCCCCAACCCAAGCAACUGGGCUUCUUCGACGAGAGGAAUCACGAGGACGUGGAUUACUCUCUAUCAAAUGAGAUGACCAUUACCCAGAUAGAAGGCCGUUGAGAUCAAACUGAUGUCGUGUGUUCUGAUUCUCUGCUCUGUUAUGUCAAUUGGCAGGUUCUAAGAAUAUGGUGUACGCCGGGUUUCCCUAAACAUUAACAAUGUAUGUCGUCUGUGAACAACUGCCCGAUUUAUCUCGCAUUGUAGCAUAUUUAUGUGGACCCUCAUCUCUUAGACAACAAUACAGAAGUCUCUGCAAGGCACAAGUUUCUCCAAAUCCGCCAAAGUAGUGUCGUCAAAAUGCAGUUCUUCUGAUAGCCGUCAACCAGUUCGUAAGCUGUAAGAACUUCGAUAUUCUCCAAGUUCGACU